GAGUGGUUGGAAGAACAAUGCACAUAAGUCUUUGACACCAUGAUAUCCAUCAGGCAAAGAAAAGGAGUAAAAACCACAGAAGUUCCUGAGGAUUAUGCAGCACAAGAAGCAAAUGUGAAGUUGGAAAAUAAAUUGCCAUCUGGCUGUACCACGAGAAGAUUAUGGAAGCUUCUGUCCCUUACGGUUGGCGGAACCGUUGCCCUUUGCAUCGGACUUCUUACAUCUGUGUACCUGGCCACUUUACACGAGAACGAUUUAUGGUUCUCUAAUAUCAAGGAAGUGGAGCGAGAGAUCUCGUUCAGGACAGAAUGUGGACUCUAUUACUCCUACUACAAGCAAAUGCUGCAGGCUCCGACCCUCAUGCAAGGUUUUCAUGGCUUAAUAUAUGAUAACAAAACUGAGUCUAUGAGGACAAUUAACCUUCUUCAACGAAUGAAUAUUUACCAAGAAGUUUUUCUCAGUAUUUUAUAUAGAGUUCUACCCAUACAGAAAUACUUAGAGCCGGUUUAUUUUUAUAUUUACACCUUGUUUGGACUCCAGGCGAUCUAUGUCACAGCGCUUUACAUAACCAGCUGGCUGCUUAGUGGCACCUGGCUGUCAGGGCUGCUGGCAGCUUUCUGGUACGUCACGAACAGAAUAGAUACUACAAGAGUUGAGUUUACCAUCCCCUUGAGGGAGAAUUGGGCUCUGCCAUUCUUUGCAAUUCAGAUAGCAGCAAUUACAUAUUUCCUGAGACCUAACUUACAGCCUCUCUCUGAGAGGCUGACACUUCUUGCCAUUUUCGUAUCAACUUUUCUCUUUAGUCUGACAUGGCAAUUUAAUCAGUUUAUGAUGCUGAUGCAGGCAUUAGUGCUGUUCACCCUGGACUCCUUGGACAUGCUGCCGGCGGCGAAGAUGGAGCACAGAUGUCUCGAUCAAUUGUCCUUCAGAGAGAUGACUUCAAUUUUAAAAUCGAAGAUAGCUCUUGCAAACAAAAAUCUGAAAACUGGAAACUUCCUUAACAGGCUUGGGAAACUAUUAUUACACUUAUUUGCAGUUUUAUGUUUGACACUUUUUCUCAACAACAUUAUUAAGAAAAUUCUUAAUCUGAAGUCAGACGAACACAUAUUUAAAUUUCUGAAGGCAAAAUUUGGCUUUGGAGCAACAAGAGAUUUUGAUGCAAAUCUGUAUCUGUGUGAAGAAGCGUUUGGCCUCUUGCCUUUUAAUACCUUUGGAAGGCUCUCAGACACCCUGCUUUUCUAUGCUUACGUAUUUGUCCUGUCCGUCACAGUGAUGGCCGCGCUCGCCGUCGCCUUCCACAAUCUCAGUGAUUCUGCAAAUCAGCAAUCCAUGGGUCAAGUGGGAAAGUGCACGACCAUCCUGAAGCCACAAACGGCCUACAACUUAAUACACACCAUUCUGUUUGGAUUCUUGGCCUUGAGUACAAUGAGAAUGAAGUACCUCUGGACGUCACACAUGUGUGUGUUCGCGUCGUUUGGCUUAUGCAGCCCUGAAAUAUGGGAGUUACUCCUGAAGUCGAUCCAUCUUUAUAACCCGAAGAGGAUGUGUGUCAUGCGGUAUUCAGUGCCGGUAUUAAUACUGCUGUAUCUGAGCUACAAGUUCUGGCCAGGAAUGAUGGAUGAACUCUCCGAGUUGAGAGAAUUCUAUGACCCAGACACAGUGGAGCUGAUGAACUGGAUUAACUCCAACACCCCAAGAAAGGCCGUGUUUGCCGGGAGCAUGCAGCUGCUGGCCGGAGUGAAGCUGUGCACCGGGAGGACCUUAACCAACCACCCGCACUAUGAGGACAACGGCCUGAGGGAGCGGACCAAGGCGGUUUACCAGAUCUACGCCAAGAGGGCCCCAGAGGACGUGCACGCCCUCCUGAGGUCGUUCGGCGCCGACUACGUCAUCCUGGAGGACAGCAUCUGCUACGAGCGGCGGCACCAGCGGGGCUGCCGGCUGCGGGACCUGCUGGACAUCGCCAACGGGCACAUGAUGGAUGGCCCAGGAGAGAACGAUCCCGAUUUGAAACUUGCAGGCCACCCUCGCUUCUGCGAAGAGAUAAAGAGAAACCGGCCACCCUACACAGCCUACUUCACUAGAGUGUUCCAGAACAAAACGUUCCAUGUUUACAAGCUCUCUAGACACAAGUAACCAAGCUCCCGCUCACGCUCUAUUUCGAUACGUGGAACUCCACAGGUAACAUGUCACAUGUCGUUAGGUAGCCCGUCCCACAAAGCUGUGACAGAAGUAAGUUGUAGGGAUGUUUACACAGCGUCGCCGUCCCGGGAACGGUCUCACACAAGCGUCAGUCUUUUUUAUCCCGUUUCACUAUGUUCUGUAGCCUCAACGUUCUCUGCUCUCCAAGAGUGAUGUGGAGUUUUUGGGAAGACGGGAAGUGUUCCACGGGAGCCUGGACAGACACACAUCACGUUGGAGAUCCAGAGGCUGUUCGGGAUCUGACUGAGCUCGUUGGCUUCAGACAGCCGUGGUUGCGUUGAAUCGAGAGGACACAGAAACGCAGUUCUGUAACAUUGUUUCACUAGUGAAGAAGGGUGGCUUUUUAAAAAGCCCUUUAUCGUCCUGUUUUCACCUAAAAACUUUUAUAACGGUUUCCAACUGUCAUGCUUUUAAUAUUUUUUUUUAAAAAUCAUGUUAGGUCUUUGUAUAUAUCUAAAACGUUUUGUGGUGCGCCGUCUGAAGUGUGAUGUUCCGCACAUCAGCCUAUGCGUCCUGUGUGUCUGUCUGUGUCUGUACACGCAUGCGGGUGCAUGUUGUAACGCCGGAUACAGGGAAGUGUGACAAAUCCCUUCCUGCGAGUCCUUCAAGGAGCAAAACUGUUACGUGGCCGAGCAGAACGCGUUACUGUUUCGUGUUAUUUUAAAACCUAUUGAUACUACUUAACCUAUCCUGCAAGUAAGAAAACUUUUCUUCGUUUCUUACUCAUUUAAAUUUACUGGGUUUGCAAAAUUUUGUAAACUUUUUGUUUUUAGCCUUUGUAUUUUUUACAGCCUAGCACCUUGCACAGUCUGAAUAUUUUUAAAAUGUUGUAUCUUAACUAAUUCAUUAAUGCGGUAUUUUUGGCAGAGAGCGUUUUCAAGCCAAAUUGGCUUCGUGGGCUCCGAUCUUGCUGCGAGGGCCUGGGCAGCGGGACUCUUUCUCUUACUAAACGGUAACCAAGUGCCUGUAAGUCAUGCUUGUUUGUAAAAAAGCAAAGAGAUUAUGUAUACAUGUUCAAAAAUUUUUUGAUAAUUGCUUUUAUAAUUAAUUUCUAAUGAUGGGGACAUGUAAAAGUUGCUGAUAAAAGCAUAUUGUGUGUUUAAUUAAAUCAAGGUGGCUAAUGAAAUUAGCUCUCUCCCCUGUACCUGCCAGUUGGAAAUGAUUUAAAGGUUUCUCCUUGCAGUUGUAUUGAAGUAAAUUACCCUGGGCAUCAAGAUAGACCGAUCACAUGUUUAAAUGAUUUUCUAUUCAGUUACUACUUAUUCAACAGUAUUCAAAAAGAAAUUUUACACUGUCAUGUUGGACUCAAGGAUACUCGGCUUUUUUAAUCAAAACUUAUUUAAAUAAAAAAAAUGACACUG